AUGCCGGACGCGUUCAUUCCCAAGUCUCGGCGGAUCCGUUUCGCCUUGUCACUCCGCAUCCACGACCUGAACAACGUCCCGCUAGUGUCUGGUACAUCGUUCAUCACAUGGCAUCUACCUUCCUCCACUGCAGCAGAACACCGCGGGCGGACACCGAAGCAUGCGAUCAAGGACCAUCGUGUGGUCUACGACUACACAAAGCAGAUGGACGUACGGCUGUCCAUAGGCAAGGAUGGCAUGCUCCAGUCCUGCGAGGUUCACUUCGAGGUGAUUCAAGAGUACAGCAGCGGAGGUCGAGCAGAGCGGAUUCGACUCGGCGAUGUGAAGCUCAACUUGGCCGAGUACUGCGGCUCCGAGGCGGACUCACCAGUACCGGGCAUUGUGAGACGGUACCUGAUGCAGGACUCGAAGAUCAACAGCACGCUAAAGAUAGGUAUUCACAUGAGGCAUAUAGAGGGUACACGGGACUACUACGCUCCAGCUUUGCGAACGGCGCCGGUGUUUGGAGGCAUAGCGGGUAUCAUAUCCUCCUCUGAGCCAGCUUCCGCCACGCACGGUGUAGCCACUACCAGUCGGGAGCUGGGCGAAAUGCAGGAUAUGUACCGUCGAACACUCGCCGCUUACUGGGCCUCUCAACCAGGCGAGCUGAAAGCCGACGAGUGUAUCGAAGACAUCUUCGCAGGCGGUGACGGUUGGGGUAAGAAUGGUCGACCUCCAAACGUCAGUGCACCUGGCCAUGAGCACAGUAGUCAACCCGGCUCAGGAUCCAGUACGCCGGCCCAAGAUGGACAUGAGGAUGUAAGCCGUGCUGGCAAGACCAGCCGGUCAGACAGACACACGAUCAGCUUGGGUGGUGGUAAGCACAUGGGCUACGGUAAGCAUGGCGCUCGUCACAGCACGAUGCAAACGCCACGGAAGAUUCCUGGUGAGAUUGACGAAUUUGAUAUCCGAGAGGACCUAAGAAGCUGGACCGUCAGUGAGAGGGCGUUCACAUGA